AUGUUGCCCGCCGAAGCUGAUUCACACGUUCUGUGGACCGAGCAUAUAGCCACAGCAGUGCACACCUAUACUUACGCACAGAUAAUGGACACGCCUUGCUCUCUUCUCUAUGAAAGCCGAUCUUUGGUCGACCUCAUACGACGAUUCGUUUCCGGUGAUUACACUGAAGUCUAUGACCCAACGAUUGAGGACCGACACAAGAAGACGUUGAUGUACAACGGCAAGCCAGCGCAUCUAGAAAUACUCGACACAUCGGGAAAGGUACGAUAA